UUUCUUCAGUCAGUCGACUUAAAACUUUCUCCGAGGCUUGGCUGUUGUAUGAAAUUGAUUACGUUGCGUGUUAUUUUGUUUUCCAUCUCUUCCACCACAAAUUUUAACACACACACAUAUACAAAGAGUGUACACUUGAUGCAAUUUGCAUAUAUUGUUUCUGUUUUUUUUGUCGGCGGAAUUUUUUAUCUCUGAAAUCAAAUGCAAUUUAUUGAUGAAUGGAUUAAUUAAAACCCGUCAAUUUAUCUGAGUGAAGAUCCUUCGUGUAUUUUUUUCUCAAAUACAGCUUAAAAAAAAUGCUGUGAGAAAAAAAAGGGUGGAAACCCAGUUUUUGUAUGAAGCAAAAAAAAAAAAGAGUGAACGUGAAGUUGAAAAAAAAGAGUGCGAAAAUGCACAAACAAAUUUUGUGUUGAAAAAAAAAAAGAAAUAAAUAAAUAAACUACCCACAAAAAAAAGGAUGAAAAAAUAAAUUUUUAUUCCCAAAUCAAUUCUUUUCUAUGUUCUGCUCUUUUGUAGUGGUGAUUUACUUGAAAAUAACAAAAUAGGAUUAUAUUAUUCCCCUCUCUCUCUCUCGAAUGUCUUUCUCUCUGAAAAAAGUGAAUUAAAAUUUAUUGCAGAAAUCAAAUACAAAAAAAGGGGAAUUUAAGAAAAAAGAUUUGUUUCUUUUUUUUUCAUUUAUUGAUGAUUUAAUUCAUCAUCAAAUUUCGGGUCUUUUGUCUCUUUUUUUGUAAUUAAAUUCAUUUUUUUUCCAAAUUGGAUUUUCCGGGCCUGGAAUUGAGAAUUGGCAGAAGGAGCAGCAGAGAAAUUCGCAACAAAAUGUCGACGCGGUCUCAGUUGACAAAGGAUUUGAACGAAAGCGUCAAAUCCAUUUUGGGACGACACACAAAAAUUUUAGUAAAGUAUAUGGUGAAACUAGAAACGAAAGGAGACAAAACAGAAAACCGUGUUUUGGUUUUUACACCCGUUCGUAUAUAUUUGCUUAUUGCCAAAGUUCCCACAAAGAUCGAAAGUCAUUUUCAUUAUUUGGAUAUACAUUCUGUGGAAAGUAAAAAGCCCUCACAUUUUUGCAUAAUUACAAAUGAUAGAACUUAUUCAUUUGCAACAACCGGCGAUGCGGGUAAUUUUAGUUCGAAUGCCGAUGUUAUCCUCACAGAUUUGGCCUCAGCGAUAAAACAAAUUUUUCCAACAGUUCCUCUCAAAUAUAUCAUCAGAAGGAUCGAUAUUCAUCCGCCAGAACGAGAAUCAAUUUUUUCUGAAGAACUGAGACCAUCUGACCCGCGUAAUGUUGGCCCAUGUGGGGGCUUUAGCACCCAAUAUGCCUGCAUGUGUGACUUCCAUGGGGUGCCAUAUAGAGAAGAAGUCGCUUGGGAUAUUGACACCAUCUACCUAUCGCAUGACACAAGGAUACUGAAUUUAAGAGAUUUUGAUCAUUUGGAACCGAAAGAUCUAAUGGCAAUAGUAUCUGCGUUAGAAUACAACACGUUUUUUCGUGGCCUAAAAGCUUCCCAUAUGAGAUUGUCACAUGAAACACUUGAAAGAAUAUUACACGUGUUAAAAAGAUCAAUGUGGCUGGAGGAGUUACAUUUGGAAGCGUUAGGUUUAAGGUCGGAUUUUCUUCAUAAAUUAGCUGUAUCUGUGAUUACAAAUAACAAUCCUGCGAUUCGUACUAUCGAUUUGAGUCAUAAUUUAAUUGAGGACAAAGGUGCAACAUCGUUGUGUGCCCUACUUGGAAAAAUUGUUCAAGGCGCAAUACAUCUGGCGGGUCCAAUAGCAAAAGUAUCAAAAGGUCUAUGUAAAUUGGCUCUAGCACAUUGUGGUCUAACAUCGAAAGGCGUUAAUCAGAUGUCACAUUCUUUGUCACUUAAUCAAAGUAUUUCCAAUUCGUUAACGUAUUUAGAUUUAAGCGGAAACAGCCUAAAAGAUGAUAUUACCAAUUUACACAAUUUUCUGGCCCAACCAAACGUUCUAGAGCAUUUGGACCUCUCAUCGACUGAUAUUACUUUAGAGAAUUUAUUUGGUGCCCUAUUACGUGGUUGUGCAACACAUUUAAGCAAUUUAAACGUCUCACACAAUUCGUUUAGUACAAAAAAAGGAAAAGAAAUUCCACCAUCGUUUAAACAAUUUUUUACAAGUACAUUAAGUUUGAAACAUUUGAAUAUUGCCGGAUGUAAAUUGCCAAUGGAAGCAUUGAAGAAUUUACUUCUCGGUCUUGCAUGCAACGAGUCAACAGCUGGGCUGUACUUAGAUUUAAGUAGCAAUUCAUUAGGUGCCCAGGGUGCUCAUGUAUUAGAAUCAUGUAUCCAUGGGGUUCGUGUUUUACAAAGUUUAGACAUAAGUGACAAUAAUUUGGAUGCCGAAUUAGCAUCAGUAUUAACUGCUGUAUCAAAGAAUCCUUCAAUUCGAACAUUACACAUGACCCGUAGUCUUACCGGUAUGAAACCUAAACACAUUCCAACUGUAAUGGAUGCCCUGGUCAAUCUUAUACAAAAAGAUGAUUUUCCUCUAGCUGAAUUAGUAUUGUCGGAAAAUAAGCUCAAAAAUGAUAUUCAUGAUUUUAUAAAUGCCUUAGGAAGCAAUCAGAGCUUACAGAAAUUAGAUAUAAGUGGAAAUUACAUGGGUGAUGUAGGAGCAAGGCUCUUAGCUAAAGCACUGCAAAUCAACAAUAAACUACGAACCAUUUAUAUGGACAAAAACAACAUAACCCUACAAGGCUAUGGAGAUAUAGUGUAUGCCCUUGAGAACAACCAUUCAAUGAGAACGAUACCAUUUCCGGUAUUUGAUAUAGCGCCACAUCUCAAAAAUCAUCCCGAAAAGACCGAUGCUAUAAUGAGAAAAAUGCAAGAACUUCUACUCCGUAAUUGUAACGGGCUAAAACGACAAAAUGGCCAAGGAUUCCGAUUGCAACAUGGUUUCAUGUUAUCCUCCACACAUCAACUCGUUGAUAAAUUGGUUGCUGAAACCCAAGAUACACUAUCCAUAGCUCCAGGUAGUGAAUGUUGUGCUGUGCAACGUUUAAUUGAUGAUGCAGAAAAUUGCAAACAACUUAUGCCUAAGUUGCAAGAGGCUGUGCGUUGUGAAUCCCAUCCCGUUGAGGUGAAACUAACACGAAUUGCUAGUGAUUUAAGUUAUACAAUUCAAAGUCAUUUGGAGGAGACUAUGGAAACUAUGAUUCGUACUGGAAUUGAACAGUGUCCGAAAACAUUUGGCUGCCAAAAUGUUAUAAUUGAUUUGAGGAAGGCAUUGUGCGAGAGGCUAGUCAUACCGGAUGAUUUUUUGCAAACUUGUUUGCUUAAUAAUGCUGGAAGUGAAAUUAUGAAUAAAGUAGCUGAAAUUGAACAAUCAAUUGCGGCUACAAUCUCAGAUCGAGCUACGGAUGAAGUUGUGGAAGCAUUGACACGUUAUCGUCGAGGAUUGGGCAUCUCAGACUCGCCGUCAGUGCAAUUAGAUGAAGCCCAGACGCCGGAUAUAGUACGCAGUCAAUCUAGUCAUGAUGCCAAUGGUCUUAUCAUACCAAGAUCAAGCAGAGGAAGUGUACUGCCAAAGCUUGGAUUAGAUUCACCCACUAAAUUGGAAUAUCUAAACCUUGCCACACCACACCUGCCAACUAAACGUCGCUCAGUCGCACGAAAGGUCCGACCACAGUCAGUGGUGGAAAACCUUAGUCUGGGUCACAUUCCAGAUUUACUGGAAUCGCCAUCAUCGCAUCGAAGUUCAUCGAAUAUGUCAUCGUUAGAUAAACGUGGUGACGACGAAUGCUGUGAUUCGAUAACUGAACUGCCAAGUGUUUCACUGCAGCUGCAACAUUUGGUCAAAGGCCGACCAAAGAGAGCCAAGACCAGAGCACCUUCAAGACCCUUGGUCGCUGAUACCAGUACUCGUGAAAUAAUCGAAGGUCUAGAUCAAUUCUUUAGACCAGGCUCAGUGACUCCAACCACUCUGACCCCACUCGUAUCGCCAACAUCAGAAGAAUGUAGUUCAUUGAGUUUUGCCGAUAGUCCUACAAUGAGUCGAGAUGAUAAUGGAAGAAUGACUUCGGAGGAGACAACUCCUAUUCUUGAGGAGCGUAAGCCAAUCAAAUUAGAUCGAAGCUCACCACUUUUGAGAGGUGUUGCAUGGGCAAGUCGUUCGAGAUCCACAGACAAUUUGGAGAAAUAUUCUCCUUUGAUUGGUCGCAAGUCACCUCUGGUUAAAAUGCGCACUGAAGGUGGUAAUGAUGAUCGUUUGGAUCGUUUGCAUACACCUUAUAGGGAUGAUCGAAUGCGAUCACCUAGCAGUGAGUCGAUAAAGAGUCAUACUGGAGGUGAUAGUGUGAUUGUGAAGACUGGAAAUGGGAUUUUGAGGACACCGAUUGUUUUGCAAAAACCACGUCCUUGGUCUGUGGUGGGUAAUGAGCCAAAGUCGGGAGAUUUUUCAACAGAAUCUAGUAAAACUACUCCAGAGCAGUUAGAAGAUGAUUGCGAUGUAGUGCCAUUUGGCCAACAGACUGGAGGUUCUAUUGUUGGUAUAAGCCCGGGAAUAGCUUUGGCUUCCAGUGGCGGCGGUGGCAGUAUUGUUGGAAUAACACCAGGUGCAGCAUUGGAAAAGAAAUCUGUUCGAGAAUUGGCAGCAGGACUCAGUCGAAUAGAUUUACCUAUGAAACCACCACCAAUUGGUCCGAGACCAGCUUCAAUGUUAAACAGUAACAUCAAUAAUACAUCACGCACAAUAAUAACCAGUAAUACCUCUACAACAACAACAACAUCGAGUCAUAGUAGUGGAACUAUUGAAAAUAUCACCAAAACAAUAAUUACCACAGAAAAUGGUGAAUCACUUCAUAAUUUGUUAGCUGGCAGUGAAAAGAAAACCGAAACAAUUGUGAAAAGGAUUGCUGGCAAGGAAAUAACAUCGAUAUUCGAGGAGACAUUAGUUGAAGGUCUACAGAGGUCUUCAGUCCGUCGAACUUUUAGAGAUGCACAAUAUACGAAAGAUGAUGUUGUUGAUGUAUAGACAAAAAAAAAACCGAAAAUUAAUUUUAUAUAAUUAUAAACAAAAAAAAAUGUAUUAAAAGAAAAAGAUAAAAACAAAAAAAA